CAAUAAAAGAUGCAUGUUGAUGAUAAAUCGAUCACAUCUAUGUGGCUCAAAAUUGAUGGUGCAACAUUAUCUCGUUGCUCAUUAUUUAUAUAUAGACAAACUGUUCUUCUUCACUAGAGUUAACUAUUGCCUUUUGCUUCCUAUUCAUCAUGGAGUUUAACAAGCCUAUCGUAGCUCUCUCUUUCAUUCUAUGCAUGCUUUGUUCAACUUAUGCUUCUGGUUUUCCGGCAAUCUUUAACUUUGGCGACUCCAAUUCCGAUACCGGUGGCUUGUCUGCUGCAUUUUCUCCACGUAACUCUCCUUAUGGUCAGACUUUCUUUCAGAUGCCAGUAGGGAGGUGCUCUGAUGGAAGGCUUAUAAUAGAUUUUAUAGCUGAGAGUUUCAAUCUCCCAUAUCUGAGUUCGUAUCUUAAUUCCCUGGGAGCCAACUACACACAUGGUGCAAAUUUUGCCACUGCAUCAUCCACCAUUACAGUCCCACCUAGUAUAAUACCUCAGGCUGGUGGAUUUAGUCCAUUCAAUCUCGAUGUGCAAUACGAGCAAUUCCUGCAAUUCAUGACCAGAUCACAGAUUAUCAAGGAACAAGGAGGUACAUUUGCUGAACUGAUGCCUGAGAAAGAUUAUUUUGGAAAAGCUCUGUACACAUUCGACAUCGGUCAAAAUGAUCUUGCAGUUAGAUUUCUGGAUAACAUGACUGUGAAAGAAGUGAAAGCAAUUGUCCCUGACAUUGUCGAUGGCUUCUCAGAAAACGUUAAGAAAAUAUACAAUUUGGGAGCUAGAUCUUUUUGGAUUCACAACACAGGACCAAUUGGUUGUCUUUCAUUUAUUUUGGAGGAUUUUCCUUCGGCUAAAAAAGAUAAUGCAGGCUGCGCAGAAGCUUACAAUGAAGUUGCUCAGCUUUUUAAUCUCAACUUGAAGAGUAGCAUUUGUCAACUCAGGAUAGAUUUGCCUUUAGCUUCAUUCACUUACGUUGACAUCUACUCUAUCAAGUACUCUUUAUACAGUGAACCCCAAAAACAUGGUUUCGAGUUUCCACAUGUAGCAUGUUGUGGGUACGGAGGAAAGUACAAUUACAGUAGUGUUGCUGAAUGUGGAGAUAGAGUAAUCACAGAAGAUGGUAACAGAAUAGUGGUGGAUGCUUGUCCUUCGCCUGCAAAUCGAGUAAUGUGGGAUGGAGUUCACUAUACUGAAGCUGCCAAUAGAUAUGUUUUCGACCAGAUUUCUACAGGAGCCUUCCUUGAACACAGUGCUGCAUUCAAUAUGCCACCCCUCAUCAGUUCCUCGUAAAUUAUCUUUAGAGGAUAUUUAUAUAAUUAUCUUUAGAGAUAUUUGUAAUUAUAUUAAAUAAAUAAUUUCUGGUAAGUCAAAUCUGCUAAUAAAAUGAUGGAUUACGAUAGAGACUCAUCCUCUCACGUUUUCCCAUUUUCA